AUGGAAGCAGGCGGCAAGCCCAACUCCGCGUCCAGCAGCCGGGACGAUGGCAGCAGCGCCUUCCCCGGCAAGGCGCCCGCGACGGGCGCGGGGCCGGCCGCGGCCGAGAAGCGCCUGGGCACCCCGCCGGGCGGCGGCGGCGCGGGCGCGAAGGAGCUCGGCAACUCGGUGUGCUUCAAGGUGGACGGCGGCGGCGCGGGCGAGGAGCCGGCCGGGGGCUUCGAGGACGCCGAGGGCCCCCGGCGGCAGUACGGCUUCAUGCAGAGGCAGUUCACCUCCAUGCUGCAGCCCGGGGUCAACAAAUUUUCCCUCCGCAUGUUCGGGAGCCAGAAGGCGGUGGAGAAGGAGCAGGAAAGGGUUAAAACUGCAGGCUUCUGGAUUAUCCACCCUUACAGCGAUUUCAGGUUUUAUUGGGAUUUAAUAAUGCUUAUCAUGAUGGUUGGAAAUCUGGUCAUCAUACCAGUUGGAAUCACAUUCUUUACAGAACAAACAACAACACCAUGGAUUAUUUUCAAUGUGGCAUCAGAUACAGUUUUCCUUUUGGACCUGAUAAUGAAUUUUAGGACUGGCACUGUCAAUGAAGACAGUUCUGAAAUCAUCCUGGACCCUAAAGUGAUCAAGAUGAAUUAUUUAAAAAGCUGGUUUGUGGUUGACUUUAUCUCAUCAAUCCCAGUGGAUUAUAUCUUUCUCAUUGUAGAAAAAGGAAUGGAUUCAGAAGUUUACAAGACAGCCAGGGCACUUCGCAUUGUGAGGUUUACAAAAAUUCUCAGUCUCUUGCGUUUAUUACGACUUUCAAGGUUAAUUAGAUACAUACAUCAGUGGGAAGAGAUUUUCCACAUGACGUAUGACCUUGCCAGUGCAGUGGUGAGAAUAUUUAACCUCAUCGGCAUGAUGCUGCUCCUAUGCCACUGGGAUGGCUGUCUUCAGUUCUUAGUACCACUACUGCAGGAUUUCCCACCAGAUUGCUGGGUGUCUCUGAAUGAAAUGGUUAAUGAUUCAUGGGGAAAGCAGUAUUCAUAUGCACUCUUCAAAGCUAUGAGUCACAUGUUGUGCAUCGGGUAUGGAGCCCAGGCCCCAGUCAGCAUGUCUGACCUCUGGAUUACCAUGCUGAGCAUGAUUGUUGGGGCCACCUGCUAUGCCAUGUUUGUUGGCCACGCCACAGCUUUAAUCCAGUCUUUGGAUUCCUCAAGACGGCAGUACCAAGAGAAGUACAAACAAGUGGAACAAUACAUGUCAUUCCAUAAGUUACCAGCUGAUAUGCGUCAGAAGAUACAUGAUUACUAUGAACACAGAUACCAAGGCAAAAUCUUUGAUGAAGAAAACAUUCUCAAUGAACUCAAUGAUCCUCUGAGAGAGGAGAUAGUCAACUUCAACUGUCGGAAGCUAGUGGCUACAAUGCCACUGUUUGCUAAUGCGGAUCCCAAUUUUGUGACUGCCAUGCUGAGCAAGUUGAGAUUUGAGGUGUUUCAACCUGGAGAUUAUAUCAUACGAGAAGGAGCUGUGGGUAAAAAAAUGUAUUUCAUUCAACAUGGUGUUGCUGGUGUCAUCACAAAAUCCAGUAAGGAAAUGAAGCUGACAGAUGGCUCUUACUUUGGAGAGAUUUGCUUGCUGACCAAGGGACGCCGUACUGCCAGUGUUCGAGCUGAUACAUAUUGCCGUCUUUAUUCACUUUCUGUGGACAAUUUCAAUGAGGUCCUGGAGGAAUAUCCAAUGAUGAGGAGAGCCUUUGAGACGGUUGCCAUUGACCGACUAGAUCGGAUAGGGAAGAAAAAUUCAAUUCUGCUGCAAAAGUUCCAGAAGGAUCUGAACACCGGGGUGUUCAACAAUCAGGAGAACGAGAUCCUGAAGCAGAUCGUGAAGCACGACCGGGAGAUGGUGCAGGCGAUCGCUCCGAUCAACUACCCGCAGAUGACAGCCCUGAACUCCACCUCCUCCACCGCGACUCCGACCUGCCGCGCGAGGACGCAGUCCCCGCCGGUGUACUCCGCGCCCAGCCUGUCGCACGGCAACCUGCACUCCCCCAGCCCCGGCACCCAGACCCCGCAGCCCUCCGCCGUGCUCUCGCCCUGCUCCUACACCACCGCGGUGUGCAGCCCGCCCGUCCAGAGCCCGCUGGCCGCUCGAACUUUCCACUACGCCUCCCCCACGGCGUCCCAGCUGUCGCUCGCGCAGCAGCCGCAGCCCGCGCAGCCCCCGCAGCCCCCGCAGCCCGCGCAGCCCGCGCAGCCCCCGCAGCCGCAGCCCCCGCAGCCGCAGCCGCAGCCGCCGCAGCCCCCGCAGCCCCCGCAGCCGCCGCAGACGCCCGGCGGCGGCUCCACGCCGAGGAACGACGUGCACAGGAGCACCCAGGCGCUCCACAACGCCAGCCUGACCCGCGAGGUCAGGCCCCUGUCGGCCUCGCAGCCCUCGCUGCCCCACGAGGUUGCCACGCUCAUGUCCAGACCGCACCCCACUGUGGGCGAGUCCCUGGCCUCCAUCCCUCAGCCCGUGACAGCCGUCCACGGCCCGGGCCUGCAGGCGGGGGGCAGGGGCACCGUCCCGCAGCGAGUCACCCUGUUCCGACAGAUGUCCUCGGGAGCCAUCCCCCCGAACCGAGGAGCGCCCCCCGCGCCCCCUCCACCAGCAGCGGCUCUCCCCAGAGAGUCCUCCUCAGUCUUAACUACAGACCCAGAGGCAGAAAAGCCACGGUUUGCUUCGAAUUUAUGAUCCCUGCUGAUUGUCAAAGCAGAAAGAAACACUGAUAAACUGAGAAUCUUCUCAGAUCCUAUUUUAUUCUAUCUCCUGAUAGAUUCCUCUAGCCUACUAUGAAGAGAUAUUUUAGACAGCUCUGGCCUACACGCAAAAUGUAAAAUAUAUAAAUAUAUAUCUACUAUUAAAUAUCUAUCUAAAUUCCCAAGAGAAGUUCAAAAGACCUGUUUAGCAUUCAGUGUUACAUGUCUUCCUUUCUUUAACUCAUUAAAGGAUUUAAAAUGUUGUUGUAAGAUCAUUUAUUUUUAACCUACUUUUACCGACUUCCUUUGAUAUGUGUAUUUCUUCUACUUUAUGAGGAGUUCUUGGAUUCGGUGGAAACAAAACUCUGAUUUUAAAAGGCAACUCAAGUGAGCUACUACUGAAUAGCACCAACUAAAACUUCUUUCAUUAGCUGUGUCUCUGCAUCUAAAUUGUUAAUCAUUAAUUACGGAGAAUUAAAGAGCGAAUCCCAUUUUAUAGAUCUAAAUUGUAUUUUGGUGCUUUCAAUUUUGAAUUAGGUUACAGAACACACGGGAUGCUUGGCCGCGGUUGGAGACUAGCAUUGCCACUGUCACGAAUAUCUCUAACCUCAGACCCGUUCACUGAUCUUUCAGAAAGCUGAGGGGAUAUUUGUCUUCAUGUGUUAUCGGACUUUUACCAAGACUCAAUCAAUGUUAGUUGUAAAUAACUUUUUCAACCCAAAUAAAAAUAGCUAUUCUGUGCUGUAGGAAGGUAAAAGUCAUCACUCAAGAAUUUAGUUUUAUUGCUUCACUUCAAAACUUAGAGUUUGAAAUUUUACAAAACCUAAUUGUAGCAGUUAUUCAACUGUACUGCAAUGGCUUGAAACCUACAAUAUUAUUUUAACCUGCAAUGUUUUAUGCAAAACUGUAUGCUCAAUUCUACAAAUUGCUUGUAUUACACCGAAAAUCAUUACUUUUCUUCCUUCUUGCCAUAACCAAGCAUCUGAAAAUAGUCCCUGCAUGCUUUUUGGAAAAAAAAAAAAAAAUAGGUUCAGAUCAGUCACUGUAGGGAGAGGCUUACAGUAUUCCUCAUUUCUAGAAAAGUAUAACCAUUCAUUAAUUGCCUAUCUUAAAAUUCCUAUAAGGCUGACUUGGAUCUCUGACUUAAGUCUAGAAGUGAGGUUUCCACUUUCAUUUAAUAAUAUUACUAUUAUUACUAUUAUUUGAAUGAUGAUUUGUAAACCACAGCUUGAUUUGGAGUUGCCAGUGUGUUCUGUGUCUUCACUGUUGAUAGUUGGUAGUUUACCUUGGUGUUAAUUUAAAAUAACUAAACACACGAUAGCAUCAUGUCUUUUUGGGAGCACACACUUUGUUCUAUGUAUAUUGUAAUAAAACGGUUAGUAAAUCUUAAGGCAUGUGGUGACUAACAUAGCCCUUAGACAGGAGGUUUGUUAUUUGGAAUGUGCUAGAAAAUGUAUGGACGUGAUGACAGAAAGCCAGGGGCAAAUUGAAUGUGAGCAUUGUUUGUUUGUCUGUUUCCCUAACUCUCCAUGACCUGUGAACAUCUGCUUCUUCUCAGAGAAGUCCCUUAGUAAUCAUUUGUGCCUAAUGCACCCCACAAAUGUGGUGGAUGACUGGAACACAAUUGGAAGAUCCCUAAUAACCGACUUCUGUAAAUAACCCAAGUUAAGAGGAUGACCUAAAGCGGAGGUCUUCGGUAUCUUUGACCCUGGCGAUACAUUUAAGAAGAACUUAACAAGAUCACACAUUCAAUGGGGCAGGGCCUCCAGAUAGACUUGAGGACAGAAUACAAAAUAAAAGCAAAAACUCUAAAAUGGAUCCAUGCUGCCUGUUAUGCCUUUUACGGAUAUAAUACCUAUUAUACCAAAAUGAGUUGUUAUGUUUCAUUUCUAACAGAUCCCAGCUUGUGUGGAAGUUAUCAACAAUGCUAGUCAAUGUAAUGUUGUCAUUAACAUGCUGGUGACAUCUGAUGGCAUGUCAGGACUGGGGUAAGAAGGGGAUUGUUCAGUCUCCCUAGAGCCUUUGGGAAAGCUGCAAGACCAUUUACAUAUCAGUACAAAACUCCUUUAUUUUAUUAAAAUAUUGAGAAUUAACUUCAAUUUAUUAAGAUCAUGUAUUGGUCCUUUAAAUUAUUAAAGGUUUACAUUUGAUAGCACUAAUGGGUUUGGUAGUGAAAUAUUUUUAUAUAUAAAUCUUUGGUUUUUUAUUUUGAGCACUAUUGGGAAACAUAAGCAAAAUUGAAUUGCAUGGUCUUUCAGUGCAACCAUAAAAUUUUUAUUCACUUUGUAACAGAAUGGACAAAAAAAAUUAAGGUUUAUAUGUUAAACUAAUAAAAUGGCACAGGGUAAAUUAUAUACAUAUAUGAAUGAAUAUAUAUGCUUAGGUUAAGAAAAAAAAAUGACUCACAUUCCUGUAAUAUAAAAGUCCAUUGCUAGUUGAAAAGUGACCUCUUUUCUCUGUACAUAGUCAAGCCCACAAGUAUGGAGUUUUAAUCUGUACAGAAAGAAAUGUAUUAUUGAAAAGGUUGGUCUCUCUGCUGCUGGAAAAAUAGUAGAAUAGCUGACUCUUAAAACAACUGUAUGAUCAGGGACGAAUUAGAGUAUUUCUUUUGUCUUUGCUCAAAGCCAUACAUAUAUAAAUAUAUAUAAAGAUUAUUAAUAAAUUCAACAGAAAAUAAACUAAAA